CCGCCACCAUGCACGACAAAGCCAACAUCCUCUUGAUCGGCUGCGGGGGCAUCGGCACCAUCAGUGCCUUGAAUCUCGAGACCGGAGGCAAAGCCACCGUCACGGCGGUCCUGCGGUCGAAUUAUGAGCAUGUCAAAGCUCACGGCUUCUCCAUCAAGUCCGUCGAUCACGGGCAAGUGGAAGGCUUCCGGCCAUCAAUCCUUCGCAACACCAUCCCCGACGUCGAGCAGGAGAACCUCCCCCCAUACAAGUACAUCAUUGUCACCACCAAGAACUACCCCGAUGUGCCCCCGACCGUGGCAGAGAUCAUUCGGCCGGCCGUCACCCGCGGCUACACCCGCAUUGCGCUGGUCCAAAAUGGCCUCAACAUCGAGAAGCCCCUCAUCGCGGCAUUCCCCGAGAACAUCGUCUUGUCGGGCGUCAGUUUCUGUGGUUCCCAUGAGGUCGCCACCGGGAAGAUCCUCCACGAAGACGACGACGAGCUCUACGUGGGAGCAUUCCGCAACCCCAACCUGAAUCCCGAGGAAGAAGACGAGGCCGCCAAAGAGUUCUGCGCGAUCUAUGGGGCCAGCGGCAAAUGCAAGCCCGAGUUUAACCCCAAUGUCGGGUUCAGCCGCUGGCGGAAGCUGUUGUACAAUGCCUGCUUGAACUCGAUCUGUGCCAUCACGGAUCUGGACACCGGUCGCAUCCAGCUGGCCGACGGAGCCCUCGACAACCUGGUCCGACCGGCCAUGGAGGAGAUCCGGGCCGCGGCCACGGCCUGCGGGCACGAUCUACCCCCCGAGCUGGUGGACUUUAUGAUCACCAUGGACCCCAUCACCAUGUACAACCCGCCCAGUAUGCAGGUGGACGUGCGCAAGGGGCGGUUCUGCGAGUAUGAGAAUAUCGUGGGGGAGGCGUUGCAGGAGGGCAAGGCGAGGGGGGUUCCCAUGCCUACCCUGACGGUGUUGUACGGCAUUCUCAAGGCCAUCCAGUGGCGGACCAAGGAGCGCAAGGGCCUGGUAGACAUCCCAGCCCCGGAAGAUCAUACUGUGAAGCAGUAA